AAGUGCUUAGGUUAGGACCGCCGCCAUUUCGAAUGUCUGGCCCGUUCCUCCCUCCGUCGAUUGAGAAGAUUGCACUUGUUUUCUUGGUAUCAUAACGGCUGAGGAUGCCAGCUCCGAUCAGACUGCGGGAGCUCAUCCGGACAAUCCGGACGGCACGAACCCAGGCCGAGGAGCGUGAGAUGAUCCAGAAAGAGUGUGCUGCCAUUAGGUCAUCCUUUAGAGAAGAGGACAACACAUACCGAUGUAGAAAUGUGGCUAAGCUUCUUUAUAUGCACAUGCUGGGCUAUCCGGCACACUUUGGCCAGCUGGAGUGCCUGAAGCUGAUUGCAUCACAAAAGUUCACAGACAAGCGGAUAGGGUACCUGGGAGCCAUGCUGCUCCUUGAUGAGAGGCAGGACGUCCACCUAUUAAUGACAAACUGCAUCAAGAAUGACCUGAACCACAGUACACAGUAUGUGCAGGGACUGGCUUUGUGCACCCUGGGCUGCAUGGGCUCAUCCGAAAUGUGCCGUGACUUAGCUGGAGAAGUGGAGAAGCUCCUUAAAACAUCAAACUCCUAUCUGAGGAAAAAGGCAGCACUGUGUGCGGUGCAUGUCAUCCGCAAGGUCCCGGACCUGAUGGAGAUGUUCCUGCCAGCAACAAAAAACUUGCUCAGUGAGAAAAAUCAUGGAGUUCUUCACACGUCUGUUGUUUUGCUAACUGAAAUGUGUGAGCGAAGUCCAGACAUGCUCUCGCACUUCAGGAAGCUGGUUCCACAACUGGUACGAAUCCUGAAGAACCUGAUCAUGUCAGGGUAUUCCCCCGAGCAUGAUGUGUCUGGCAUCAGUGACCCUUUCCUGCAGGUGCGGAUAUUGAGGCUACUGAGAAUUCUGGGAAAGGGUGAUGAUGAUUCUAGUGAAGCUAUGAAUGACAUUCUUGCACAGGUUGCAACAAACACAGAGACAAGUAAAAAUGUAGGCAAUGCUAUUCUCUAUGAAACGGUUCUUACUAUUAUGGACAUUAAAUCAGAGAGUGGUCUAAGGGUUUUAGCUAUUAAUAUUCUGGGUCGCUUUCUUCUCAACAAUGACAAAAACAUCAGAUAUGUGGCAUUAACAUCUCUACUGAAGACCGUGCAGACAGACCACAAUGCUGUGCAGAGACAUCGAAGCACUAUUGUGGACUGCUUGAAAGACCUUGAUGUGUCCAUUAAAAGGCGUGCAAUGGAGUUGAGCUUUGCCCUGGUCAACGGCAACAACAUCCGGGGCAUGAUGAAAGAGCUGCUGUAUUUCCUGGACUCCUGUGACCCUGAGUUCAAAGCCGACUGCGCAUCGGGGAUCUUCCUGGCUGCUGAGAAGUAUGCCCCCUCCAAAAGAUGGCACAUAGACACCAUUAUGAGGGUUUUGACAACAGCGGGAAGUUAUGUCCGGGAUGACUCUGUGCCGAACCUCAUUCAGCUAAUUACAAACAGUGUAGAGAUGCAUGCAUACACUGUACAGAGACUCUACAAAGCCCUCCUGGAUGACAUCUCACAGCAACCUCUAGUACAGGUGGCAUCCUGGUGUAUAGGAGAGUAUGGCGACCUGUUGGUCUCAGGCCAGUGUGAGGAAGAGGAACCGAUUCAGGUUUCAGAAGAUGAGGUCUUAGAUGUUUUGGAGGGUCUUCUUGUCUCUAACUUGUCCACCCCUGUAACGAGAGGUUAUUCCCUGACUGCUAUCAUGAAGCUGUCCACCCGUUUCAGCAGUGUGAAUCGAAUCAAAAAGGUGGUGUCGGUAUAUGGCAGCAGCAUAGAUGUUGAGCUGCAGCAGAGAGCUGUGGAAUACAAUGCACUUUUCAAAAAAUAUGAUCACAUGAGGCCUGCGUUACUAGAGCGAAUGCCUAUCAUGGAAAAAACAGCCUCAAACGGCCCAGCAGAGAUUGUGCAGACCAAUGGAGAAACAGAAUCAACCAUUCUGGACACAAAACAUCUGCCCAACAUCACUCAGCCAGCUAGUCAGGCAAAUGAUUUAUUAGACUUGCUUGGAGGUAAUGAUGUGGUACCUGUUAUCCCAACAACUGUUCCCACAAAACCUGCAUCAGCAGGAGGAGAACUGCUUGACCUCCUGGGAGACCUCUCACUGACAGGCGGUCCAACCCCCACCCCUGCUGCUCCUUCUAUACCCAUGUCCCAACCCCCUUUCCUUUUGGAUGGUCUCACCUCACAGCCUCUCUUCAAUAAUAUUGCAGCGGGCAUUCCGUCAAUGACAGCGUACAAUAAAAAUGGCCUGAAAAUAGAGUUCACAUUUGAGAGGUCCAACCCCAAUCCCAAUAUUGCAGUAAUCACCAUCCACGCAUCCAAUUCCACGGAGGCUGACAUGACGGACUUUGUGUUCCAGGCUGCAGUACCAAAGACAUUCCAGCUGCAGCUUCUUUCCCCCAGCAGUAAUGUAGUUCCAGCACUCAACCAGGGAACCAUCACGCAGGUCAUCAGGGUUCUCAACCCACAGAAGCAACAGUUGAGAAUGCGGAUCAAGCUGACGUACACUCACAAAGGCUCUCCUGUUCAAGACCUGGCCGAGGUCAACAAUUUCCCCCCUCAGUCCUGGCAGUGAUUUGCUAUCCUCUCUCAAUCUUAAAGACCCCCAGCAAGGGAACUAUGGGAAAGAUGUCCCCUCCCCAUUCCCAAAUGAUCCCCCAUGACGUCACCACAGAUCGCUGCCCUGGGGGUUGCAUGGGAAGUAGUGGAAUCUUCCAGAAACAGUCAAGAGUUGAUGGUAUGAAGACUGUGAUGAUGAUGAUUAUUACAGUGACAAUGAUGAAGCAAAAUCAUGAAUAUCUGAAUACAUAAAUUUUAAAAUGUUUUGCCCAACUGUCUUUCUCUCUUCUUUGGGGUUAGUGCAACAUGUCCAUACUCACACCUGCACUUAGCAUUGUGCACUCUCUCUCUCGCUUAUACUCUUACUGCAGUGCACUCCCUCACAUAGUCACCCACUCUGGCUCACCCUGCCACCCAGGGUCCAUACAUGGGAAAACGUCACUCAUGGCCACUAUAGAAAGGAGCUGCUUGGUAUGAGCAUUGGUUUGAUUUGUCUUUUUUUGUUUGAUUUUUCCAUGUUUUUAAUCUUGUUAAUGGGUUUUGGUGUAUUUUAAGAAACAAAAAACUGAUUGAAUGAAUUGCAAAGUCUGAGCAUUUGCACCUUAAGCAUUUCAGAAUCAAGAGGAAAAUGGGUUGUGACGGCGCCUUAAAUUAUCAUUGUACAUGGCAUUUCUUAAUUUUCCUAUAAAGAUGUCUUUACUGAUUUAAUGUGCUGUAAUAAAGUAUACCAGAUUAAUGCUCCGGAUACAAGCUAUGUUGUGGCUGUACCAUAUUUCGGAUGACAUCAUCUGUCUUCUUGCCUGUCAAAUGUUCUCUAACGGAUUUGUCCAGAAGCGUUUGUUUUCAUCACAUGAAUCAUCACGAACUGGCACGUUAAUACAGCUCAGAACAUGCUUUUUUAUAUACAGUAUAUUUAGACAGGAUUGCUCAUAAAUGUCAUGUAGUGACAAUAAAACGUUCUCUGGCAGCUGAGAAAAUGAGGAACAACUGUGCGGGAGAUUGUGAGAGCAUCUUUGUUACUGUUAAAAGAAUAUUCCGGGUCCAGUACAAGUUGAGCUCAAUCGACAAUGUGGGGCAUAAUGUUGAUUUAACAAAAAAAUCUAAUAAAUUGAGGCUACUGUGUCUGUGAGGCACUUACAAUUUAAAUGAAUUGUGGCAAUCUUUGUAGGGUUUAAAUGCAACGCUUAUAAUUACAUGAAAGCAAUUACAUUUCUUCUCUUAAAACGUGUAAUAUUUGCACUGUAAAGUUGUUUAAAUGGUCAUUUUCACAGUUGGUUUAAGGUUUAAAUGUUGUAAAAUUGGAUAUAGCUUUACACAGAAAAGGUUAGUAACCAAUUUGAUCACACUAAAAUGUUAACACUCUUUGUUUGUCUUGUUCGGCCCCGUUCACUUCCAUCGUAAGUGUCUCACUCUAACCAGAAGUCUUUUUUUUUUUUUUUUAAGAAAAGGAGGGCCAAGUCUAAAUUCAUUUUGUGGUAAUCAACAUUACGCCACAAAUGCUGUCGAUUGAACUUGUAUUAAACCCGGAAUAUUUCUUUAAUGUAGAUUAGAUCAUUUUUCAUUUAUAUAAUAAUCCCGGUCUGGUAUCCACCAAACUGGACACUGUUUCCCCCUCCAAACCCCUUAAUUUGGCAUAUAGUUAUUUUGUUUGCCUCUACUCUUCACUGGAUGCUUUCUUGUAUUGUUUUUAAAUAUUGAAAUAAGUUAUAUAGAAUAAAAUAGCAUUCUUCAUCCAUUUUAAAGGAUUGAAACCUAUUAAAAUUAGUAGCUGGACAGUGAUUUCAAUUUAAAUGUGAUUUCUCACUAAAUUAACUAAAAUAGAUGUCCAACAAUGCAAGGUAUAAGUUGCAGUUAUAACGAGGAUAAGUUCAGCAUAGAUGCUGUGAAUAUAUAGAUGUAUGAAAAUGUAGGCUUUUCUGAAUGUAGUUACAUGCACUGAAUGGAAUUUUUUUUUUCUUCUUUUGUUUGACUUUAAAGGUGUUUUUUUUUUUUUUUUUUUUUUCCUGCAUUGAUUUGAAUUACAGAAUUAUUGCCUGAUUUAAAGCCAUGUGCCUUUUGUCAUAACUGAUGAAAAGAAACCCCUCAGACAUCUGCAAGACGAGUUAUCGUUACAUGAAGCAAACGUGAUAUCUAAAGAAGAGAGGACCUUUUUGUUUUGGUGUUAUUUCACGAGUCAUUGUUUAUGUGUGGGUCCCCUGGCUGUCUAUUUUUGCAGCUUCCAAAGGCAGUUAAAAACAUGAACCUGAAUAUAUACCUCACAUUUGUCUUUUGUCUAUCUGUUUCUUCAAGUCACCUCAGUGGAAAACCUUAGCUUCUGUACACUCACAUCAUUACUUACAGACUCCAAUGCUCUCUCACAUCAUUGCAUUCAUUAAGCUACACUGAAGUCUGGUGACUAAAUCAUGAGUAUGUUCUUUGGGCUUGGGAAAUAUUUUUUAGCUAUGUUAUGUAUAUGGAGAAAAAUGAUUUCAUUCUAUAAGCUUUUUUGUCUUUUGUUGCCAUUCUUGAUGAUGCUUUCUUGGCUUUUUCUGUACAUACUGACGGCUUUUAAGAUGCAUCAUCUGUUUCUUUUCAUCCCUUUUUUUUUUUUUAAGAUACCAUUUUCUAAAUCUUCCUUCCAGGACUGCACAGUGUAUAAUGUUUGAAGCUCUCCCUCACAAAAAUCUAAUUCAGCAACUUGCCGAUUUGGUUGUUUAUUGGAAAUAAAAUGUACGAUGUGCUGCCUGUAUAUUGUAUAUAAUUGUAAAAUGCAUCAAAAAGAUAAAAUCGAAUAAAAGUCCCAUUUGAAGACCUAUGAAAUUCAGUUAAGGGGCUGUAGACAUUAUUUACUGUGCACGUGAUCUUGAGUUCACGUUCUUUAUGCGUACAUUGGUGGAUUACAGUCAUGUGGUUUAUACUACUGAAAGAAUUGAAAUGCUACAAGGACACUGAGAGCUGUCCAUCCUCCAGAAGAGCUUUAGUUGAAUUUUCUCAUUCGAUCCAGUUACGUAAACACAAUAAUGGGAUUUAAAGGUUUAGUUCAUAAAAAAACAACUCAACUCGCACUGUUGUUGUUCCAAGCCUGUAUGAAUUUAUUUUCUCCCUGUAACGUUAAAGAAAAUGUUCGCCUCAGUCACCAUUCACUUCCAUUGUAUAGGGAAAAAGAUGCAAUGAAAGUGAAUGGUGACUAGCAUCUCCUUUUGUGGUACGUGGAAGAAAUUAUGUCAGGUUUGAAACAACAUGAGGGUGAGGAAAUGAUGUCAUGUCCUUAUGUCAAAAUUGAUUCUGGUGAUUUCAUACAUUAGUGUUCUUGCAUCGUUAAGGACAGCUUCAAUAAUAAACGAUUGAAGACCCCAAAGCAUUCAGAGGUUUAUAGUAAAAGUUUUACUAAUAUUUUCUAUGCGUUUUUGAUUCAUCUGCUUUUAAACAGACAUCUAUUCUUUAUUAAACAUAUUUAAGGCAAGACAGAUAAACAAUGCUGUUCCGAAAAAUAAAGUAUCCCAGUUUGUGAGAACAUGGUCCCUGAAUGUUUUGAUGCCUCUUAAGUGAAUUCAAUAUGGGGAGGAACAUAAAACCGUUUGAAUCUGCUGCUUUUUACACUACUUGGUCAUCUAAAUCAGGCAAAUAUGUUUCCAUGUUUAAGUUUGCAAAAUAACCAUUAGAGGAGAUGCCGUGGUGUUCCCAUAUCAGCAAAUUUCCCAACAAUAAAUGGUUUUCCAGCCGCAUGUGAGGAAAAAGCUAUGUAAAUAUUGUCAUUUCUACUCCAUAUGUAAACUUCCUGAAGUAAUGCAAGCAAAGUUCAAGUUCUUGAGGCACCACACUUAAUUUAUCUUGCAAUACAUGCACAUACCUUUGUAUAUAUUUUGAGAUAUACGGUUGAUUCUUCAGUUGAUGUUCAUGAAGCGUCAGCUUUUCUUUCAGUCAGGGGGAAUUGAGCAUUUACUCUUUUAGAUGUAACUACUUGACCAGGUGGACACUGUAUCACAUGCUUGGAUGAUUGCCUUCUCCAUCAGAAUCCCUUUGUAAUCUGUAAAAGGUAUCAGAUGUUUUUCAAGUGUAUCUAUACAUACGCCCCCUUCUCUGAUAUUUUACAAUUGCUAUUCAGUUACAUCUGACCUUGUAUGGGAGGGGAGGAUAUACUGUUGACUUUGACAUGCUGAACUGUAUCGCAUUACCAUCUUCUCCAGGAGUGAGUAUUGGACUGAAAAUCUCAAUGAAGGAAAAUAACUUGUCAACAUGGGAUAUUUUAGAUUUAUGCUGUGUGUUAUUGUCUUUGGGUUGGAGAAAUGAUGAUCAAACGAAAUAAAAAG